AUGGAAGAACAGCAGCAUAGCACAGCUGGACUCAAUACCUCUCAAUUCCACGCUCUCACCUAUCCGCGCCUGCAGCUCACCGACAACACUCUAGAUGAUAAUCUUCCAAUCCAGCCCAAAUGCCACAUAGAAACACACACAUCGCUUACAGUCGAUCUUGGCUCCCUCGAUAUCCUUCCACAGGAGCUUCUCGAUUACAUUCUCCCCCAGCUUGACUUGCGCACACUUACGGAUUUUCGACGCGUCAAUCGACGGGCCUUUCAACUAGUGGCGUCUCUUCCCCAAUACAAAGCCAUUAAUACACAUGCACGCGAUGCGCUUCGUGGGAUUCUAGCGACUGGAACGGGCCGGUCGAUUACCUGCGAAACCCUCUACAGCACAAUUUGCAUAGCCGAGUGCGAGCAAUGUGGCGAUUUUGGUGGCUACCUCUAUAUCCUCACCUGCAAACGUGUCUGCUACCUCUGUUUUACACUGGAUCGGGCGUAUCUACCAUUAUUUUACACUCAAGUGAUUCGGAAAUUUGGACUCAGCCGUCAGAUGGCCGAGACCUUGCCACAAAUGAAAAGCAUACCGGGCAUAUAUACGCCUCACGAGAGUAAAUAUCGGGAGCGACUUGCGUUGGUAGAUGUCAAUGUUGCUCGUCGAGCGGGGAUUGCCCUUCACGGGUCCGCCGCCGCUAUGGAAAAAUACAAGUCGGACAUGGCUUCUCAAAAGAUACUAGAGUAUAAGAAUCAGCUGUUACAACAGUCUACGGAUCUAUCAGCCACGCCUCCCUCCCAGUAUGAAGGCCCGUUCGACAGACAGUGCAGGGAUCCAUUUCGUUACAUGGCCACCGUUCGCACGCCAUGGUUAAAAAGGAUCUCGCAACAAGUGGAGUUGGGCUCGUAUUGUACAGGAUGUGUGAAGAACAACUUGUCCGGCCCCAGGCAUAUGAAUUCCAGACGUAAAUUUACUAUCGGUUCAUUCAAUGAGCACUUGAGGCAGUGUGGAAGCAUCAAAAAUGGCAAGCAUCAACCUGAGCAUGAAAGCACGGUUGCACAGUGA